AAGGCUUUAUGUUGAUCAGAGAUGCUUGUAUUUCCAGAAGCCACUUCUCGAGUCAGGAACACUUGGUGCCAAAUGCAAUACCCAGAUGGUCAUACCACACCUGACAGAAAACUAUGGUGCAUCACGCGAUCCUCCAGAGAAACAAGCACCAAUGUGCACUGUACACUCUUUCCCACACAACAUUGACCACUGCUUGACUUGGGCUCGUUCAGAGUUUGAGGGCUUGCUUGAGAAGACACCGGCUGAAGCAAAUGCUUAUCUCAGUAAUCCAAGCGAGUACACGUCUGCACAGAGCAAAUCUGGUGAUGCACAAGCUAGAGAUAACUUGGAACGUGUUCUUGAGUGCCUAGACAAGGAAAGAUGUGAAACCUUUGAAGCUUGCAUUGCAUGGGCACGCCACAGGUUUGAAGAUUAUUUUGCAAACCGGGUCAAACAAUUGAUUUUCACUUUUCCCGAGGAUGCAGCAACGAGUACUGGAGCACCUUUCUGGUCGGCACCUAAGCGUUUCCCUCAACCCCUUAAGUUCUCUUCGAAAGAUCAGAGUCAUCUCCAUUUUACGAUGGCUGCAGCCAUAUUGCGGGCCGAGACAUUUGGAAUCCCUAUUCCUGACUGGGCCACUCAACCAAAGAAACUGGCCGAAGCUGUCGAUAGUGUUGUUGUCCCAGAGUUUCAACCCAAGAAAGGCGUGAAGAUUGAGACAGAUGAGAAAGCCACCAGUCUUUCUGCUGCUUCCAUAGAUGACAUUGCAGUUAUCCAUGAACUCAUAACAAAGCUGGAGCAGUGCCGUAAAAAUCUACCUCCAAACUUCAAGAUGAAACCUAUUCAGUUCGAGAAGGAUGAUGACACGAACUUCCACAUGGACCUCAUAGCCGGGCUUGCCAACAUGAGGGCUAGAAACUACAGCAUACCUGAAGUGGACAAACUGAAGGCCAAGUUCAUAGCAGGAAGGAUCAUUCCUGCAAUUGCAACCUCCACAGCAAUGGCGACCGGCUUGGUUUGCCUGGAACUGUACAAGGUUCUAGCAGGGGGACACAAGGUUGAGGACUACCGCAACACAUUUGCCAACCUGGCGCUGCCCCUCUUCUCCAUGGCCGAACCAGUCCCACCCAAGGUGAUCAAGCACUUGGAUAUGAGCUGGACCGUUUGGGACCGGUGGGAAAUAAAGAACAACCCCACACUGAAGGAGCUCAUCAGAUGGCUAAAAGACAAGUACUUGAAUGCGUACAGCAUCUCUUGCGGGAGCUGCUUGCUCUAUAACAGCAUGUUCCCUAGGCACAAGGAACGGAUGGACAAGAAGAUUGUGGAUUUGGCGAGGGAAGUCGCCAAGCUGGAGCUGCCCCCAAAACGCCGCCACUUGGAUGUCGUGGUGGCAUGCGAGGACGAUGAGGAUAAUGACGUCGAUAUCCCUCUGGUUUCUGUUUACUACAAGUAGAGUGAGUGAGUGAGUGACUUCUUUAUAUUCCUCACUUGUCAUGUCUCUCUUGGUUACCCUUUUUUUUUCUUUAGUCCAAACUAUUUUUUUUAUGCUGGCAUUUUUAUCAACUUUUCUUUUUCCAAGGGGAGGAUUGAAUAUCUUGUCUGAUACACACCCACUGAUGUGUGUUGUUGACUCUCUGUUCUUAUGAUCUGUUCAGAAAGAGUUCCACUGCUGUGGCUCUAUAUAGCACAUGAUACUAAGAGUUUCCCAGUUACAAUGUUUUUGUUCAUUUACUCUGGUGCUCCAUACCAAUGUUUUCCAACAACACAAUAUUUUGUUCUUUUUAGGGUCUGUUUGGAACCGGAAAUUUGCUAGGGAGUCAGACACUGGUUGGAAAAGUCGAGGUUGAAUCAAAAUUUAACCUGGAA